CCUGAGCACGUGACCCGGUUGUGUUUUUGACCAUGUCACAUGUGGAUGUGUGUUUUGUUUCUAACCGAGGUUUAGAAUGAGAUUACACCCGAAACAAGCAUCAUGUAGCGCUGUUAUGUGGGAACUUUGAGAUGAAUAAAUCUGGGUGCCGUACUGGGAGAAGAGCGAGGAAAAAAAGACGGAAAAAACACGAGUCACAUGUCUCCAAAGUUACUCUGACUCACGAAGCACAGUUUGUUCUUUUGAGGAGAUGGCUGAAAGAAAGAGGAUUCACCUCACAGUCUCUCAUCCCUGUCAACUUCCAUGACACUGGAAGAGGGCUUAUGGCAACUCAGACUAUCAAGGCCAAAGACAUGGUGAUUUCCUUACCUGAGAAAUACUUACUGACAUCCAGCACAGUGAUGAAGAGUUACAUGGGUGACUAUAUAAAAAGAUGGCAUCCUCCCAUAUCUCCUCUUCUGGCUCUGUGUUGUUUCCUCAUUGCUGAGAGACAUCGUGGAGAUGCAUCAGAGUGGAGUCCCUACAUUAAUAUCCUCCCAAAGACCUACACGUGCCCUGUGUACUUGUCUGAUGACAUCAUUGGCCUUUUGCCUAAGACUCUCCAGAAAAAAGCUACAGAGCAGAAAGAACAGUGUCAGGAACUCUGCUGCUCUUCCCUGAUGUUUUUUAACUCCCUCCAGCCACUCUUCAACCAGCCCACAGAGGAGUUGUUUACCCAGGAUGCAAUGCGGUGGGCUUGGUGUAGCGUUAACACGCGUACGGUGUACAUGGAGCAUGAUCGGAGCAACUAUCUCUCCAGUGAGAAAGAUGUUUAUGCACUUGCACCGUACCUUGACCUGCUGAACCACUGUCCUAAUGUCCAAGUUGAAGCUGGCUUUAACAAAGACACUUGCUGCUACGAGGUUAAAAGUGUCCAAGGCUGUAAGAAGUUCCAGCAAGCAUUCAUCAAUUACGGUCCUCAUGAUAAUCACAGACUGCUUUUGGAAUAUGGCUUUGUUGCUCCUGGCAACCCCCACAGCGUAGUAUAUGUUGAUUUAGGAACUUUAAAGUUGUGUCUAAAUGAAAGAGACAAACAGCUAACACAAAAACUACUCUACCUGAAGGACAAUGCUUUUUUAAGAAACUUGACAUUUGGGAUGGAUGGCCCUUCCUGGCGACUGAUGACUGCACUGAGACUGCUGUCCUUGACACCUGAGCAAUAUAGUAGUUGGAAGAGUGUCCUCUUGGGGGCAGGAGUGAGCCGGGAUAGGGAAGAGUGGUGCAUUCAGUCUGCCCUAAAGCUUUGCAAUAACCUCACUGAUGGCAAUGUCAAAGCACUAGAGAGGCUAUCGCAGCUCAAACAGGGUGCAAACCUGUCUCGCCUUGAACAACUGUGUGUGGUGGAGAGCCUGAGACUAGAGGAGCAAAGGAUUCUGGAACACACACAAGUGGUUCUUCAAAACCUCCUGAGACAAUAGUCACUGUGGUAACAGUAGGGCAUUCCUCAUGCUGUCACUGCCAAGAUUUUAAACGCAAGCCAAGACUGAGUACAGAACCAACAGAUCCGGUUAACCAUUGUACUACAGCCCUUAACCCAAUCACCUCCAAUGCUACGGGAAAUAUGGAGUCCAAAAUACUU